AUGGCAUCAUGGGUGCUCGGUCAAGCACCAUGGACGUCCUUGGCUCGUGUACGCCUCCGGUUUGAAGCUUUUUCCUGGCCGGCGAAGCAGUAUGCUUGGUCGAAGAAUUACUUCAGCUCUCCUCUCCUCUCCCAGGAAACGCCGGCCGUGUUGGAGUUGAAGAAACAGCCAUAUCCUUCUAGCCCUCUGGAUUCGUCGGUCUUCGAGGACAUGAACGCUGACUAUGGAUACGAAGCUGUAGCGCCGCCGACGCCUGCGCGUCGUCCAUGCAACUUGCUCGUCCAGCUCGUCAAGGACCAGCAAUACGCAGACGUCGAGCAGGUUUACGCGGAGCUGCUGGAGAUGGGGGUGGAGAUCAGACCCUCUUCCGUGUACUAUGAUAUGGCGUUACGCGCUCUGGAAGACCCCGACAAGAGCCCGCACGCAAGGAUGAUGGCCUUCACGAAGUGGUGGUCGCUCGUUCCACCCAUUAUGCACAGGUACCGCGUAAACGUCACGAAAGUGCAGGAAAUCAUCCUCGAGCAGAACCCAUUCCCUGACCCUCUACUCAUCGCGUGGUUCACGGUGAUCAGCGCGUCGAAAGGUUAUGCGUACCUCUUCGGAGUACGCGCAGUCACUCUUGUCGUCCGCUACGCCGACCCGUCCUUCAGUUCGUCUUUCCUUUAUACCCUCCAUCAGACCACCUUGCAGUGGUUACAGUCGCUGGCUCCUCGCAAGCGCGAGCGCUACGAGCCGUUGUAUGAACAACUAUUUCAGGAAUGGUACGCGUUUGCUGUGCGGCAGCAUUGUAUGACUGGACGGGUGGAUGCAGCGGUUGCGCUUCUACGAGAUGCACGUUCCAGGAAUGUCAACAUCGAUAACUUCACCUACGACUUUCUGAAAGGCAAGCUCAGACGGCGCCGCGACUCAAUUAAUCUCUUGUUGGUCGAGCAGUUCCAAAGGACGGAUGUACCUAGUGGACUUAACCCUACAGUAUCCCGACCUCCGCUUGACUUGUUAGAGGAACCGUCUCUCUACGAACUGGACCGUACAGUAUCUCCAACUCCUUUUGACUCUGUUAAGGAUUCAUCUGCGACCUGGGCACUCAGAUACUGGAGUUUCUCGGGCGAGAAGUCGUUGGUUUCCGCCUUGCGCGAUCUGAGGCAUAGCAUGACCAACUCCAGGUACCCCAAUCCAGUCACAUUCGCAGAGUUCAUGGACGCCUACCGUGCUUCUGGCCGUUCCGUCGCCUUGGGUAUUCUCCGCAAGCAGUCGUAUUCAAAUUCUUUCGCGACUGCCUCGUGGUGGGCGCUCUCCGAGAUGAUGUACCAUUAUCGCCGCCAGGAAUAUGCUCUGGUGCUCCUCGCUUAUGCGCACCAUUUCCACUUGGUUGGCAUCCCGGCAUGGUUGUCGCAGCAUCUCUCUACUCUGGAGAAAUUAGCUCAAGACUCGCGCUAUGGAAGACGUGUCAUCCCUCUCUAUCCAGUGCCUCAGAAACAUUGGCCGAUGUCGCAGCACACGUCCCUUGUCUGGCGUGCAGUCGUGGAAUUGACUGCUGAAACCUCCGGAGCGCUCGAAAGCCUCUACCAAGAACUUCUGUCUCAGGUGGCAGCAUCACAGGGGGCAGUUACGACAGGCUCCCUCAUGAAACCCGAACCCCUUCAUUCCCUGCCCCGCGUUCAAGAUUGGAGCAUACCGUCUGCAGACGAGUAUCCGGCGGCAAUCCCACCGCCAACCUCAUUCGAUGACGCGCACUUCAACGUCUUCAUUCGCGCGUUCAUCAACAAGGAAGGUGCGGGCCCCGCGCGCGCGAUACAGGUCAUUGACGACAUGUACCGCUUUGGCUUCAAGGUCAGCGUUCACAGUCUCACCCCGCUCGUCUCCGCGUUUGCCCGGGAGGGAGAGCAGGACCGCCUGAAGAUGCUCCUGUCCCGCAUGGAAGAGUCCUUGCCUUCUGAGACACCCGCUGAGGACAGUGUAGCCGAGGGCGAAGGAGAUGUGGCCGGUGCAGCUGGCGUUGCCCCCGAGAACGCGCUCCCUGCACCGAACGUGGUGACGUACACCGCGAUUAUAUGGGCAUUCAUCCGCACGUACCAAUAUCAGGAAGCCACGGAGUUUGUGGAACAGCUCAAAGAGAAGGGCCGUUAUGUCCCCGGGACGAACCGCCGUACGGACCUGGCACUAGCCGUGCUGAAGGAGCGCAUUCGAAUGGGAGGUGGUUUUGAGCAGGGUCAGUACACGCUGUCCUCGCCUUCGGGGUCCACGGACUAUCAGCCGUCGAGGAAUCCUCCGCUGCAGCGAGGCUCAUAA